CCUCGGAGAGGAAUGUAAGCAUUCUCAAACCAAAUCAUAUCUCUCCCUUCAACUCUAUCUAUCUAUCUUAUUCAUCCUUUUGUGAACAAAAAUAUGUCAAGUUACAUAGAUUCUGCAUUUCGUUCAUCAAAACCAAAUGAAGUUUAUUUCUUCUUGAAAAAUAAGUAUGUGCGGGUGUAUUACACUCCUGGAGACACAAAGGAUAAGAUCCUCACUGAUCUGCGUUUGAUCUGUGAUGGCUUUCCAUCACUUCUUGAUACGCCGUUUGGAGAAUAUGGAAUAGACUGUGCCUUCGAUACUGAAGCUAGCAAAGCAUAUAUCUUCUCCACCAAUCUUUGUGCCUACAUUGACUAUGCUCCAGGAACUACAGAUGACAACAUACUGUCGGGUCCUAUGACAAUUGCAGCCAUGUUUCCUGUCUUGAAAAAUACUGUGUUUGAGAAUGGUAUAGACUCUGCAUUUAGAUCAACCAGAGGCAAAGAAGUUUACUUAUUCAAGGGCAAUAAGUAUGGUCGCAUAGCUUAUGAUUCCAAGCAGCUUGUUGGCACCAUUCGUAACAUCAGCGAUGGAUUUCCUGUGUUGAAAGGUACCAUCUUUGAAAAUGGAAUUGAUGCAUGUUUUGCUUCUCAUAAGGAGGGUCAAGCUUAUCUUUUCAAAGGAGAGAAAUAUGUAAGGAUCAAUUUCACCCCAGGGGAUACUCAUGACACUCUUGUGGGUGAUGUGAGGCCUAUCCUCGAUGGUUGGCCAUGUCUUAAGGGCACUCUGCCUCGCGACAAUAAAGGACUUGAUGCUCAUUCUCACUCUGAUCAUCAAGAACCUUACCCUGAUCAGCAUGAUGAGCUUUGAUUAUAAAAGAAACAGAUGUGAUAAUAUGAUAAGAAUAAGGCAUCUGUAGCCAAUGUUUGCUUCCAUUUCUUUCCUAGUGUAAAAUUAGGAUUUGAUGAUGCUUGUUUGUUUUCUUUCAUAAUGUAACAAGUGUGUGUGGAUGUUUGUUUUCUGUUCUUGUAUGUGUAUUUAAUGGCUUAAUAAUUAAUAGAAGUGUGUUGUUUGGUUUAA